AUGACCGAAAAGGUUGCCAUUCGCGGGGCAGAUGAGCGCACGUCCAUAGACCUCCAAAAUAGACUUCCUUCCUUCGAUGAAGUCCUGUUCCGUAAGACACGUCCCCCUGUCGAUUUGUUCAUGUUCUAUCUGUUUCUUCAACACGAAAGCGCUGAAGAUGUCCUCGACUUUUGGCUCGAUGUCCAUCAACAUGAAAACCUUUGCCGCGCGUAUUUCAAGGACGUCCGCAAAUCAGGUCGCACGAUUAGAGAGGAUUGGCCGCAGUAUUAUGAGUACGCUCGGAGACGGGGUUCUAUCUAUGGUACUGUUGCCACGACUAAGAGGGAUACUGGCUCCGCUGGCGAUCUGGAGAAAGCGGCUGAAGCAAACCGCGACUAUACGCGCUCCGUCUCGCCUCGUCCGCCUACUUCCACGAGUGCAACUCAUAACCCUAACCCCCCCACCACACAAACGCGCAAGUCGACUGAAGGACACGUUCAGCUCGCUGUGGCAGAAGACGGCACUCAGCCCAAGCGGAGCGGAACCUCAUUCUCAGCACGUCGCCUUUCCCUCGGCAGAUCAUUCAGCAAGCGUGCCUCCCGGGCCCCGACCAUUAUUCCUCGAGACUCAGCUAUCACGCGCACUGACCUCAUCGCUUCCGCUGAGCGUAUUUACCUUCGCUACCUGGCUCCUGGCGCGCCAAAAGAAAUCUACCUUCCUGCUGCUCUUCGCAUUCACAACUUCCCUCUCUCGUCCGCUUCACUUCCUCAGCCUGCUUUACCUGAGUACGAGAUUGAGAGUAGCGCACUCGCUCAGGUUCCAGACAUGUUCCAUCAGCAAAAGGAGUAUGUUUUCCGAGCGAUGGAACAAGACGCAUUCCCCAGGUUUUUACGGGCAAAAGCUUUUGGAAACCUGACACCUGUUGGAGCACUUGUUCGGCUCUGUGUGGGUUUACUUGUCCUUUGGGUGGGUCUUGCCACCGCCUUUUCCCUCAUUUUUUUGGACGUGAAGCCAAAGUCAAAGCGAUUUUUUCUUUUUAUUCCGUUUGCACUUGCCGUCCUUUUCUUAGUUUCCCAUCAAUAUGAACUUGACCCUAUCCUCGUCUUCCUUGGUCAAUCUGAAACAACCCCAUUCCGCGCCAUCCGCAUUCGUGAACCCUAUGUCAACAAGCUGCUCCUGGGUCGUGCGCUUUGGGUCAUGUUUUUGGUGCUGCUUGGUGUUGUGGUGUUGACGAUGCUCUUCUGGGCUGUACCUGGACAUCGGCUAUGA